CCGGAGCGCGGUCCGGGCUGAAAUUGCCGGGGUGGGAGGGGAGCCUGCGAGCCGGAUCCCGAGCCGCUGAGCGCGAGAGAGGACUUUCGCUCUGCCGCCGAUGACUCGGGAGCUCGGGUCCAAGCGCCGCCCAUGCAGCAUCACCGCGCUCCACCGACCCAGAGUUGAUGAAAAAACACUUAGCCGUCUCCGCUGUGGGGAGCCAUGAGCUGUCUGGAUGUUAUGUACCAAGUCUAUGGUCCUCCCCAGCCUUACUUUGCAGCCGCCUACACCCCCUACCACCAGAAACUAGCCUAUUACUCCAAAAUGCAGGAAGCCCAAGAGUGCAACGCCAGCCCCAGCAACAGCACUGGCAGCGGCAGCUCCUCCUUUUCCAGCCAAACUCCAGCCAGUAUCAAAGAGGAAGAAGGCAGCCCGGAGAAAGAGCGCCCACCAGAGGCCGAGUACAUCAACUCCCGCUGCGUGCUCUUCACCUAUUUCCAGGGGGACAUCAGCUCUGUGGUGGACGAGCACUUCAGUAGGGCCCUGAGCCAGCCUAGCAGCUAUUCCCCGAGCUGUACGGGCAGCAAAGCACCCAGGAGCUCCGGGCCCUGGCGGGACGGCUCCUUCCCGAUGAGCCAGCGCAGCUUCCCCGCCUCCUUCUGGAACAGCGCGUACCAGGCACCGGUGCCCGCGCCGCUGGGCAGCCCGCUGGCCGCGCACUCGGAGCUGCCCUUCGCCGCCGCCGACCCCUACUCGCCGGCCGCGCUGCACAGCCACCUGCACCAGGGCGCGGCGGAGCCCUGGCACCACGCGCACCCGCACCACGCGCACCCGCACCACCCCUACGCGCUGGGCAGCGCCGCCCCGGGCAGCCCGCCCUGCGAGCUCUCCGCCAAGGGCGAGCCGACCGGCUCCGCGUGGGCCGCACACGCUUCGCCAGCCCCGCGGGGGACGUGGCCCAGGGUCUGGGACUCAGCGUGGACUCAGCUCGUCGUUAUUCCCUCUGUGGUGCAUCCCUCCUGAGCUGAUCUGAUGACCCCGGGUUUCCCCUUCCCUUUCCCUUCCGACCAGCCACGAAGGCUCAGCAUCUGGGCCUCUCACUUCAUGGAUGAGGACAUGGGGGAAGGCAGAGACUUCAAACAUCUCCACGUGUUGGGAAAACCAAAACAUACAUCUACAGAAAUUUUGUCUAACAAUAAUUCCUUCUAUGGAAAGAGCAGAUCCAAAGACUCUGAAUCAUGUUUGAUGACUUUUGGGCAAAUCACUGGAAAUAUCUGCAGUGAGCUCACUUAGAUGAUAUGAUGUCAUAAGUUUUCUUGGAAAGAGGAGGAAAAAAAAGAGACUUUUUGGUGUGAAUAUUUUUUAUGCUGAUGUGAAUUAUGUCAGUAAGUAGUGUGACCAUAGCACUACUGAUGUCAGUAUCCUCACAUUUAAAAUGUGUUUGUAUUUGCAUCGAAGACUGUGGUAGAGAUGUAAAAGAGGCCAAUUCCUUCUUCCUCACCUCAUGGCCUCCAGCUCCCUCCGUGCCCACUCCCUCUGCAACACCCACUCCAGACACAAAGACACACUCUUCUCCUUUGGACUGUGAACAUGGAAGCCUCAGCCUAAAUGUGAGUGGCAAGUGGCUUAUCUGGAGCCACCUGCCCAAGUCUUACUGAAAUGCAGCUGUUGUAGGACAACUGUUGAAAACUCCAGAAAUACAUCGACCAAGGUGGCACUUCCCAGUGUUUGGCGCAACAAUUGCAAUUGCACUGGAUCUGUUUUAUAUAUAUGUGUGUGUGUGUGUAGAUAUAUAUCAUAUUUUUUACGAGGAACAUUUUACGAUGAAAGAAGAAACCCUUCUCUGCCUUCUCUCCCACAAAUUCCGUCUCUCCUUCCACCCUCCUCUGGAUGGGAAAAAAAAGAAAAGCAGCAAGAAACCCCAACUGUCUCCAUGAAGAAGAACCAGGAAUCACCACAAGGGGAAGAAAUGUCCACAGAGUCUCUAAUACCUCGAAUAGUCCUCCCAGUCUCUGUGGUCGCGAUUUGGUCACUUUCAUUUUGGCACAGGGGAAGGGGUCCAUGCAUGGGCAAAGCUGAAGGUGAUGAGGAAGAAGAAACGAACAGUAAAGAUGUCUCUUUACUACAGGGUCGCUGUGUUAUUUCAUAAAAAGAAAAUAAAUGUCUUAGUCUUUCUCGAGUAGAAUAAAAUAAUUUAUAGUAGUACAAUCUGAUGU